UUGUCACUGGUUCAGUUGUCCCUGGUUCAGUUGUCCCUGGUUCAGUUGUCACUGGUUCAGUUGUCACUGGUUCAGUUGUCCCUGGUUCAGCUGUCACUGGUUCAGUUGUCCCUGGUUCAGCUGUCACUGGUUCAGUUGUCCUGGUUCAGUUGUCACUGGUUUAGUUUCACGGGGCCCUGGGGCAGUGCGGUUGUGGCGGCAGCCAGUCGGACAGCGGCUGUGGCUGAGGUCCAGCCCUUCCCCGGCUCGGUGCUCUCCGUCACACCCCGGCCCGGUCCCCGGGGCCCUCUCCGUGCCCUCGUGCUCCCCCUCGCGCGGAGAUGGCGGAGGCCGGCUCCGCCAUGGAGAUGGUGCCGCGGGGCUCGUCCGUCUCGGCCGCCUCGGUGAUGUCCAGGCCGCUGGUGCACGGCAUCUCCUACUGGAUGGCCGGCGUGUUCAUCACCGGAGAGAUCGCCGGCAGCGGCAUGCUGGCGCUGCCCUACUCGGUGGCACAGACCGGCUGGGUGGGCGUGCCGCUGAUCUUCGUGCUCGGUGUGGUGUCGGCCUACUGCGGCCUCUGCCUGUCCCGCUCUUGGCUCAUCAUCGAGAGCCGCUACCCGGAGCUGCACGGACGCUGCGCAGAGCCCUAUCCCGAGAUCGCCUUCCACGCCGCCGGAAAACCCGGAAAGGUCCUGGCAGCCGUGUGUAUGAGUAUCAACACGUUCGGCGCGUGCAUCGUGUACGUGCUGAUAGUGGCGCAGCUGCUGGAGAACCUGCUGUGCCCGUCCCCGUCCGACUGCGCCGUGGACCUCUCCUAUUGCAUCUGGGUGCUCGUCAUCGCCGCAAUCCUGGUGCCCGUCUCGUGGCUCGGAUCGCCCAAGGACUUCUGGUGGAUCGGUAUUCUGGCUCUGGGCACGACCUCUCUGGCCUGGCUGUUCUGCAUGAUCCAGCUCUCCUCCAACUUCGCCGAGCUCAGUGCCGAUGCGACAUUCCACUCGCCCGAGUUUCUGCCCUUCUUCCUCGGCGUGGGUCCGAUUCUCUUCAGCUUCGGUGGCGCGUCCACCUUCCCCACCAUCCAGAACGACAUGCAGCAUCGCGACAUGUUCGGACGAUCGGUCAUCCUCGGAUUCAUCGGUCUGAUCACGAUGUACCUCCCGAUCGCGGCCGUUGGCUAUUUCGCCGUCGGUGACGACGUUGCCUCGAGCAUCCUGGACACGCUGAAGGACAAGACGCCGGGGCCGCUGUCGAACGGCGCCGAGAUCCUCUUCAUCAUCCACCUGGUGACAGCCUUCUCGGUGGUCAUCAACCCGUUCCUGCAGCAGAUGGAGGUGGUCGCCAAGGUGCCGCCCGCGUUCGGGAUACGUCGCUGUCUGUUCCGCACACUGCUGAUGGGCGUGCUGGUGCUGCUCGGUGAGCUGAUUCCCGACUUUGUCAAGAUCCUGGACCUGCUCGGCUCCACCACCAUCGCGCUGAUGACGUUCAUCCUGCCGCCGUUCUUCUACCUCAGACUCUGCGCUAUGGAGGAUCCCGACGGAAAAUGGAAAACCAUUCCGAUACCUCUCUGGGAGCGUGUGCUGCUGUACGAGCUAAUUGUGGUGGGUUUCGCCGGUGGCAUCGCGUCGGCAAUCUCCUCCGUUCAGAGCAUCAUCGACGAGGGUCUGGAGACGUCCUGUCUGAUUGGAUAGCGGCCCAGUUACGGUGUGGCUGAUUGGUCGACGGCCUAGAGACGGCGUGGCUGAUUGGAAGACGACCCACAGACGUCAUAUUUGAUUGGAUAACGGCAUACAGGCAUCGUGCCUGAUUGGUUAACGGCGUGAAGGCGUUAUGGCCGAUUGACCGUCCGCCUGAGAAAAUGUUAUUUUGGAAGACGGAAUGACGUUUCGUAUUGUUUCUACUGAACGACGGCCAGGUUUGGUCUUUAUAUAGGCAGUGCCCAGCUCCACCAUGACGACCCCAAAAAGUCGGACAUUAUCGAAGGAUGGGCUCCAUCAUAUGACGUGUUUGAGCGACAGGCACAAAAUGCACAUAUGACCAUUGCAUGUAAAUAAACAUUGAUACAUCACUGA